AUGCAAUUGACAACAAUUUUCGCUGCAAUCAUCGCCUGCUUGGUCUUAUUCGCGUCGGUUAGCUUUACCGAUGGUCUUGCUGUCAAAGCUAAACCUGCUAUCAAUCGUGCAAAAUCAUCUGCGAAGAGCAAUGGUCAAGCUAUGUUUAGUGAUAACUUGAAAUUCAAUGGUCAUCGACCAUCUGCUGCUCGACAAAUUGUUGAAAGUAUCAAGCAACGACGAGAACGUCACGGUCUCUAA